CCUGAAAACGUAAUUGUUAUUUAAAAAAUCUAAGUUAUGAAGUUGUUAAUUUGGAUAGUGGAGAAAACAAUAAUUACUCAGUUCUGGUGCACGUAAUAUUUUUUUUAAUAAAAAAUUUCAUUUUGAAUCUGUCGAACGUUCACCUCUGGCAGCUCAACAGUGCGACAGACUGCGCAUUGGAUGCGACACAGUCAUCGACAAUAAAAUAUAAUAUUUAAACAAAUAGUUUCAAUCAACCCGAGAAUCUUUGUGAAAAUAAAGCCAAAGUGAUGGAUGACGAGAUCGAUAUUUAUGGAGAUCUGGAUGACUUCGAUGAAGACAAGUUUGAGAUUACUCCUGAGGGAGUCAAAGAGUUGCAGGAAGAGAAUACCGAGUUGCAGAGAAAAAUUGAAGAGCUCAGGGAUGAAUUGGAGAAGAUAACUAAAUACUCUAAAUCUCUGGAGACCAAUAUAUCGUCUCUUCAUAAAACAGCCAAAUUAGAAAUUUCAAGAAAAGAUAGGAUGAUCUCAGAGCUUCGCCAGGAAUUGGACAACGCAGCUUUCAGACGAAAUAAUAAUUUCCGUAUUCCGAAGAUAACUCCAAGACCUUCAGUCAUCUCUCUGCCCCCGAAAGAUGAAUCGACUUGCACGGAAAUAAAGAAAGAAGUUAAUGAUACAAUAAAGAAGGAGGAAACGGAGUACAGCAGCCCGUUGAUCAACGAAGACGAGGCAGAAGAUGAAGAGUAUUUUUAUCAAUCGGAGAAUAUUCCAGUGACACUCUUUGGGGCGAGACUGAAAAAACGGCUCGAACAAGAAUCCCGAGACGAAGCUGAAGCCCUUCGAAGAGCCCAGGAAGAGAAGACUCAGAACCCAGACCUCGAUAAAGCCCCUGAAGAUAUUGACGUCGUAAAAAAUAAAGAGGACAAGGGAAAUCAGUAUCGACUGAUUCCCUUAGACCUCCAAAAACUCUCUGAAAACGUGAGGAAAAGAGGUUGGGAGAGCCUAGAAAGACUGGAUGAUGCCAAAUCAUCAGAGAAACAGGAUUAUCAUAGAACGAGGGACAAUCACGAGAAUAAGAGGAGAAAGUUAGACGAGAAUGAGAGUCGAAGGAAAAAUUCUGGAGAUAAAUCUGCAUCCAGCAAAAGGCUGGAGAUUGAGGCAGAGUAUUGCUGCCCUGGGGAGACAAUUAAGGAUGAACCUUAUACAAAGCGACAUUAUGAAGACAGAUCAGACUCACAUGGAGGCUCCAGGCAUCAGAAAACUGGCAGUGGUUCCAAGAGUAGAUCCAGGAGCAGAGAGAGGAGCAGAGAGAGAAGCAGAGAGAGGAGGGACAGGAGGGACACUCAUUCCUUGUUAGAUAGGAGAAAAGAUUCCAGGGGGCGGAGCAGAUCACCACGUGGACAUGAUUUGGAGAAGGGGAAAUACCGAAUAAGCAGAAAGGGAAUAAUUGAUAAUAGGUAUGAGAACAGCAGAAGAGAAAAUCCAAGAAAUUGGAAGCGACUGAUUCGAAAACAGGUGAGUCCUGUUAGAAGAGUGAAGUUGCGACUAGGAAUAGGGAGGAGAAAUAAUGAUAGACUGGACAGAAAUAUUCAGGAUAAGAGUAAAUUUAAAAAUGAGGGGAGGAGAGAACCUCGCAUUUUUGAGAGAAUUGAUAGAUUGAGGAAGCCUAGGGAAGCUCCUAAAAACACUCGUGUCAGUAGAAAGAAUAUAAAUAAAAUGAUAAAUGAGACGAAACCGGGAGAUAGGAUGAGGGAAGACUAUAUCCGAAAAAAACCGAGAUCAAGGUCAAAGUCUCUGUCAGCUGAACGAAAAAGACGAUAUUCCGAGGAGAGGACGAACAUUGAAGAGGAUAAACCACUGGAAAUAAUUGUUAAUGAAGAGAAUAAAUUGCAGGACAAACCACUGGAGGUAGAGAUUAAAGAGGAGAAUACGGUGCAGGACGAUUCGGAUGGGAUGGAAGAGGGCGAGAUACCUGAUAGUCCAACUCAUGAUUUUCCAAGUUCCACGUUAUCUUCGAGAAUUGAAAAAAUUAAAGUGUCGCCUUCGAGAGACGACCAGAUUCACCCUGCUGAAAAUGAAGUAUCGUACAACUUGGAUGAUUCCUUGAAAGAGGAAAAAAUCGAGAAUAUCGAGCUGUUCAUUGAGAAGCUGCAGAGCAACGAUAAAGAUUUUUUCCAGGAGACGAGGAGGAGGAAGGACGAUGAGCUAAAGUCAUUAUCUGAAAACUUACAAGCGAAAUCUGAAAUAGUAUCUGACAGCAAAGAAAAUUAUACGGAAGAUGGCAAAGGGAUAAUAGAAAUGACUGCAAAGGUAUCGGAGAAAGAUACUUCGAAUGAAUCGGUGCAUCUCACCAGCAUCCUCGGGGAUUCUUCAGAUGAGGACACCUGCAAGUCAGUACUGAAUCAAAAAAUAACUGAUGUUUCUAAUGAUCAAGUGGACACGCAACUGCCAAAUACGAUUCCAGUGAACGAUUCCAAUUUCCCAAUAAAUUCAGCCACAGAUAACACCGAAAAAAUCUCAAAUACUGCUCUGCAAGAUGUGGAAAGUAACGAAACAAAAUCUCCUGUUCGCGAAGAAAUUGCCGACGAGAAUGUUAAAAUCGAAGAUGCACCGAAAUCAAGUGCGAAAUUAUUGCAAGCACUUCAAAGUCCACGAGUAAUUCUCCAAGAAAUCGACUCAGUAUCGAAAACAGUGAAAUCAAAUGAGUCUCAGCCCCAUAGAGCAUCAUCAAGGGAAAAGGAGAACAGUGUAAAAAGCAGUGAUGUUAAAACAGAUAAAAUAAUAGUAGUAGCUAGAAGAAGGAGAAUCAGAUUAACCGAUAGUUCUACUUCCAUGACGGUUGUGGCGAGUGAGCACAAUAUCGACGAGAAUCAGUAGCGAAGGGAAUUGAAACUAGGAGCUUUCAUAUUUCAAUGUUUUUUUUCUACGAACAAAUGAGGUACCUGA